UUUUCUUUUCUUUUUUUUUGAGAUGGAGUCUUGCUCUGUCACCCAGGCUGGAGUACAGUGGCUCGAUCUCAGCUCAGUGCAAGCUCCGCCUCCCGGGUUCAUGCCAUUCUCCUGCCUCAGCCUCCUGAGUAGCUGGGACUGCAGGCAUCUGCCACCACGCCUGGCUAAUUUUUUGUAUUUUUUUAGUAGAGACGGGGUUUCACCGUGCUAACCAGGAUGGUAUCGAUCUCCUGGCCUUGUGAUCCGCCUGCCUCAGCCUCCCAAAGUGCUGGGAUGACAGGAGUGAGCCAUCGCACCCGGCCGAAGAAAUGUAUUCUAAGUCCAAAAUGAUACGCAUUAUCAUGUUGAGUAAGUGAAAACUUAAAAAUUCAACCUACUCCUAAAUUGAGGUUCAUCUGUACCUAAAGCAUGCUAAAGACUUGGCAUUACUAACCCUCAAGUGACAAAAUGACAUAAAAAGAAGUUAAGGACAUUCCUUAAAUCUAUCUGGACAAAGUUUUCAAAUCAAGCUUGACAAGUUCUAUUUCCAAUCCCUUCCUAACAUUACUAGCCAUUUCUCACUGUUACAAGGGUUCGUUUUGAGUUUUAAAGUUUCUUUCUGGAAGCUGAAGUCAUCAUUAUUGGUUUCCCUGCCCCAUAAGUACAAUCCAUCCUAGGGGGUGAAGUCAAUUUCGAAACAUACACCUCUAAGCAUCACAUCCCCUUGCUUGAAAAGCCCCAUGACUUCCCAUUACACACAACAUGUAGCCCACACUGGCCUAUUUCCAGUCAAUCUCACUACACACCCUUCAUUCUAGAUGCACCGGGCAACAAUCCCCUAAAACCGCAAGUGCUUUAAUGAUUCUGUGCCUUUCUUCCUGCCUUAAAAAUCUGUAAUUUGUCCUUCAAAAUCAAAAGAAUUCAAAUGUGGCAUUUUGUAUUGCUUGUCCAGCUAUCCUAGCUAUAAUACUACUAUUACAGCACCUAAAUAGCUAGUUACACACAUACCAGUUUCCUCGGCUAGAAUGCAACAGCCUCAAGGCUGAGUCUGUGUGUAAUUCAUCUUUACACUACCUAGUAUCAUGCCUGGCACUUCGCUGAGUUAAACGGUUAAAUUACUAUUAACUACAACCAUAUAAGAUAAAUUAUAGAAUGCACUCAAUUAAACAAAAACCUUAACACAUAAAGAUACUUUCUCAACAAUCCAAAUUAUUUGAAGCAUUCCCAUUACAUGAAGGUAAAUAUCUAUUUUUAUAUAUACAAUACAAUUAAAGUACCUGGAAUCAAAGCCCAGUUUCUGUAUAGUGAACAAAUGAAAAGACAUUCUUUAGGAUCCAGCUUGAGAAAGAGAAAGCAGUCACAGAUCCCACAAGCUCAGCUUCUUCCUCCUUCUAGUGCCUAGAUUUUUGUGUGGAUUGCUUUGUGUAGCUUCAAAGCCAACAAGUAUCUAAAUGCCUAUUAGAUGCACAACACAUUUUCCUAGGAACCAAGUACAUUAAAGAAACAUUAGCCAACAUCUUUGCCCUUAAAGAUAAAAUCUUUGAGAGAUAAGAUUUAGGUACAUAAAAUAAUAACAGAACACAUUAAGCACUCAAGCAGAUGGCAUAAAGUCUAAGAACUAUAAGAAACCUGAGAAGGCAGAUCAGUAAUGACCUUAGAGCAUGGUUUACUAAGAUGGUUAAGAAGAUGGGGGGUGGUGGUGGGAGGAGCAGCCUCAAGACAUGGAUAUAACUUAGGUGUGGAUUUAUGGCAAACAGCCAGAAAAGACAAAUACAAUACAGCCAGAUAUUGGACUUGGAUAAAAGAAUUCCCACCACUUAUACUGAUGAUAUAGAAUAUGAGUAAUUAUGAUAAUAAUGUCUAAUAUUUACUGAAGGUCCACUCAUUAUAUACACAGUACAUCAGGAUUUCAGCACUCCAAGAACAGCAAGAGCCAGAUUUUUCCAGCUAGUAGGCCUGGAAGUGCCAAGAAUAAGAAAGCCAGAGUCCCUGGGGCCAGUAACCUCCUGGUUUUGAAGAUACCAUCUAUUUACCCCACUGUGCCACACAAAUAUUACCAUUUUCUUUGCAUGCCAUUAUGUGGAAGGUUGAGAAGCACUGACCUUGGUCAACAGAGAAACCAAGCAAGUUUCAGAGACAACAUCAUAAUGCAGCAAUAGAGAGCCACAGUGGUCCAAACUCUGGUACUGCAUUAGAAUCAUCAGUGGCACUAAAGAUAAGAGGUGUCUGAGUAUAAAUCCAGGGCCCCUAAAUCUGAACUCCAGGAUUUUUUUUUAUAUAUAUUCACAAGUGCUUCUGACAUACAGUCAAGGUUGAUUAUCAUUGGUACAGAGAAUGACUGGGGCACAAUCUAGGUAGUUCUUCACAAAAUGUAAUGUGAGAAUCAGCUUCUUGCUACUCCCAGUGUCCUGGAAACCAGUAGUAAUUGUAUCACCUGGGAGUAGCUGGAAAUGCAGAGUCUCAGGUCCCAUUCCAGACCUCCUGAUUCCCAAUCCACAUUUUAACAAGAUACCUGAGGUGAUUCAUAGACACUUUAAAGAGCAGUGUCUCAACACUGACAGCACACUGGAAUCACCUGGGAGCUUUCCACAUUACUAUGUCUGGCAUGGGGGCUGGUGAUUGUGCAACCAAGGUAAGAAAACCGACCUAGGAGGAGCUUGUUAAGACUGCACUUCUGGGCCCCCACUCUCAGAGAUCCUGAUUCAAUAGAUCUCACUUGGGGCUUGGAUAUCUACAUUUUUAACACAUCCCUGGGUGACUUUAUACAGUCCAAACUUUGAGAAGCAGUGUCAUUAUGUCAGAAGGUCCAAUGAGAAGAAUAUAGUAACAAUCCAGGAGUAAGAUGACCUGGAGACUAGUGAUGAAAUGGGCUUUAUAAGGAAAAGGGAAAUAUAUUAGUAAAUUCAAAAGAUAGGCUGAGGGAGAGGUUGGCAAAAUGUGAUAGCUGAAAAUAAUGAUUAAGAAAGGGAAAGAACUCAAAUUCUUUUACUUCCCUGGUAAGAAAGUCAUUCUUAAGAAGAACUAUUCCUGGACUUCCAGAUCUCGUCUCCACUGCUCUGUGUCCUCUGCUUCUAGAGGCCCAGCCUGUGUGGCCCUGUGACCUGCAGGUAUUGGGAGAUCCACAACUAAGAUGCCGGGACCCCCUUGAAGCCAAAAAUGGGGCCAUUGCUAUUUAGAGAUGUGGCCAUAGAAUUCUCUCUGGAGGAGUGGCAUUGCCUGGACACCGCCCAGUGGAAUUUAUUUAGGGAUGUGAUGUUAGAGAACUACAGAAACCUGGUCUUCCUUGGUAUUGUUGUCUCAAAGGCAGACCUCAUCACUCAUCUGGAGCAAAAAAAAAGACCUUUUACUGUGAGGAGACAUGAGAUGGUAGCCAAUCCCUCAGUUAUGCGUUCUCAUUUUGCCCAAGACCUUUGGCCAGAGCAGAACAUAAAAGAUUCUUUCCAAAAAGUGAUACUGAGAAGAUAUGAAAAAUGUGGACAUGACAAUUUACAGUUUAAAAAAGGCUGUGAAAGUGUGGAUGAGUGUAUGCUGUACAAAAGAGGUUAUAAUGGACUUUAUCAAUAUUUGACAACUACUCAAAGCAAAAUAUUUCAAUGUGAUAAAUAUGUGAAAGUCUUUCAUAAAUUUUCAAAUUCAAACAGACAUAAGAUAAGAGAUACUAGAAAAAAACCUUUCAAAUAUAUAGAACAUGGCAAAGCUUUUAACCAGUCCUCAACCCUUACUACACAUAAGAAAAUUCAUACUGGAGAGAAACCCUACAAAUGUGAAGAAUGUGGCAAAGCCUUUAAGUUCUGCUCUUCCCUUACUAUGCAUAAGGGAAUUCACACUGGAGAGCAACCCUUCAAAUGUGAAGAAUGUGGCAAGGCCUUUAAGUGCUCCUCUAUCCUUACUACACAUAAGGUAAUUCAUACUGGAGAGAAACCCUAGAAAUGUGAAGAAUGUGGCAAAGUGUUUAAGCACUUCUUUCCCUUUACUAAGCAUAAGAUAAUUCAUACUGGAGAGAAACCCUAAAAAUGUGAAGAAUGUGGAAAGCCUUCAGUUGGUUCUCAAACCUUACUAGACAUAAAAUAAUCCAUACUGGAGAGAAACCCUACAAAUAUGAAGAAUGUGGGAAAGGCCUUAAGUGCCUGUCUAUGCUUACUACACAUAAGGUAAUUCAUACUGGAGAGAAACCCUAUAAAUGUGAUGAAUGUGACAAAGCUUUUAACCAUCCUGCAACCCCUUUUCCACAUAAGAAAAUUUGUAUUGGAGGGAAACCAUACAAGUGUGACAAAUGUGGCAAAGCCUUUAUUUCAUCCUCAAACCUUAGUAGACAUGAGAUAAGUCAGGUGGGAGAGAGACCCCACAAAUAAGAAAGCAUGUCAAAGCCUUUACACACUCCUCUACCCUUACUAGACAUAAGAUAAUUCAUAUUGGAGAGAAACAUUAUAAGUUUGAUGAAUGUGGGAAAGUUUUUAACCAGCUAUCAACUUUUACUAAAUGUGAGAGUUCAUAUGUAACAUAAACCCUACAAAUAUAAAGAAUGUGACAAAGCUUUUAGGAAGUUUUGAACCCUUCUUACACAUAAUUCCCACUGGACAAAAAUCCUAAAAGUUUGAAGAAUGUGGCAAAGCCUAUAACAAGUUUUCAAUUUUUUUUUCUUUCUGAGAUGAAGUUCAUGCUUGUCACCCAAGCUGGAGUACAAUGCCAUGAUCUCAGCUCACUGUAACCACCACCCCCUGGGUUCAAGCCAUUCUCCUGCCUCAGCUUCCUGAGUAGCUGGGAUUACAGGUGUCUUCCAACAUGCCCAGCUAAUUUUUGUAUUUUUAGUAGAGAUAGAGUUUCACUUAUUUUAUUUUUCAGAAACUCCAGCUUAGAAAACACCAGAGAGUUUAUACUAAAAUAUAAUUUUGCAGAUGCAGUAAAUAUAAAAAAAAUUAAUUCAAAAUUGUUUGUGUAUAAAUAUCAAAGAUUUUACACUAGAAUAACUAAGGCACUAACACUUCAGACAUUACACUAAAUCAGAGUGUUGAAUAUAAAAACUAAUUAACUACUACAGUUUUCAGAUAAAUGAUUUGUAUGUAACUUUAAAAGGAGUAGAUUUUUGGAAGCAUUGUAAUUACGUUGAAAGUACACUUGUGUUGAAUUUAUUAAAAUAAAAUGUUCUGGCUUGUGAUUCAAAAAAAAAAAGAAGAACUAUUCCCUAGGUUUUAGAUGACUUUCAAGUUAUUCAGCCUCUCAGAGUCUCAUUUUCACCAAGUAUAAAAGUGAAGGGUUGGCCGGGCAUGGUGGCUCAUGCCUGUAAUCCCAGCACUUCGGGAGGCCGAGGCAGGUGGAUACCUGAGGUCAGGAGUUCAAGACAGCCUGGCCAACAUGAUGAAACCCCAUCUCUACUAAAAAUACAAAAAAAUUAGCUGGGCGUGGUGGCAAGCACCUGUAAUCCCAGUUGCUCAAUCCUCAGGAAGCUGAGGCAAAAGAAUCGCUUGAAUCCAGGAGGUGGAGGUUACAGUGAGCCGAGAUUGCGUCAUUGCACUCCAGCCUGGGCAACAAGAGCAAAACCCUGUCUCAAAAAAAUAAAAAAAUAAAAAAUAAAUAAAAGAGGGUUUUUUCUUUGGUUGUCUCCAUCCCUAGCACUUAACGACCUUGAGUAGCUACCUACAGCUGUUAUCACUAACACGCUGGGCUUUGUACUCUCCCAGGUGGACUGCACAGCUAUUUUCUGAGAAUUUUGUUUUCAUUUUGAUUUUCCUGCUCCCUGAAGUACAAAGCCUUGGUAGGUUUGGCAGUUUUAAUUUGUUUUCUAUUUUGAAUAGGGAAAGAAAUCUAUUUUGAAUUGGAAAAGAAGGAAUGUACUCUAUUAAUAGAGAUAUUGAGUUUCAAAGUGAGAAGCAAGAUUGCUUUUAAAAUUCAGUCAUGAAGGCCGGGCUCCAUGGCUCGCGCCUGUAAUCCCAGCACUUUGGGAGGCCGAGGCGGAUCACCUGAGGUCAGGGGUUCGAAACCAUCCCUGGCCAACAUGGCGAAACCCCGACUCUAUUAAAAAAAAAAAAUACAAAAUUAGUCGGGCAUGGUGGCACAUGUCUGUAAUUCCAGCCACUUGGGAGGCUGAGGCAGGAGAAUCGCUUGAACUUGGGAGGCGGAGGUUGCAGUGAGCCAAAAUUGCGCCAUUGCACUCCAGCCUGGGCAACAAGAGUAAAAUUCCGUCUCAAAAAAUAAAUAAAUAAAAAUAAAAUUCAGUCAUGAUUUGAAGAAACUACUGCCCCUAGUAAGAUCGAGAAAUCAGGGGUCUACAUGAUGAUGGUUUUAAGGACAACUUUAGUUAAUCAGAUCUCCUCCAUAUAUUUUGCAUUAAGCAAAACUGUGCUUUCCAACAGUUAAGAAAAAAUUAGAAAGCUUAAUUAAAAUGAAAAUGUCUAACAUCUGUUUGUCAGUUACAGUUUAGAGAGCCCUUUCACAUAUUAAGCAAAAAUGAUCCAGGGGUGCCUUUGAGGCAGAUAUGGGUCUUAUUUUCCCAUGAGGCUCAGGGGCACAUGACUGGGAUACAGCAAGGCCUGGAAGAGAGCUGGGUUUCUCUGACUCCAAGCUCAGGCUCAAAGAUGUUAAGCACAUUCAACGAAGAGGAUGCACUAGCACACAGGAGGAAUGCCUUAGAAAUCACAAGAGCAUCAAGGACAAAACGGUUUAUUUUAAAGUGAAUACAGUAUAUGAAAACAGGAGAGCAUGGAAAGUGUAUAUCACCAUCCCAAAGCGGAAUAUAAUUAGGCUUCUAAACAGAGAAAUACACUAAGUAAAUGUUCACAUAUUUUAAAUAUGUAUAUAUGUACAGAUAUUAAAUUAGGCAAUACUUAAUACAACAACUACUUAACAUAAGUGUUUUGAAGACAAUAAAUUCGAAUUUCCCUUAAAAGUCUUAUCCUCACAUAAUAUGAAUACAAAUGUUACCAGAAAAGGGUCCUGAUCCAGACUCCAAGACAGAGUUCUUAGAUCUUGCGCAAGAAAGAAUUCGGGGCAAGUCCAAAGCAAGUUCAUUCAGUAAAGGAAUUAAGAAUGGCUACUCCAUAGGCAAAGCAGUUUGGGCUGCUGGACUAAGGAUACUUACAGUAUUCUCAUACUUAUAGUUAUUUUUUGAUUAUAUGCUAAACAAGGGGUGGAUUAUUCAUGAGUUUUCUGGAAAAGGGGUGGACAAUUCCUGGAACUGAGGGUUCCUCCCCUUUUUAGACCAUAUAUCCUAACUUCCUGACAUUGCCAUGGCAUUUGUAAACUGUCAUGGCACUGGUGGGAGUGUCUUUUAGCAUGCUAAUGUAUUACAGUUAGUGUAUAAUGAGCAGUGAGGAUGACAGAGGUCACUUUCGUCGCCAUCUUGGUUUUGGUGGGUUUUGGCUGGCUUCUUUACCGCGUGCUGUUUUAUCAGCAGGGUCUUUGUGACCUGUACCUUUUGCUGACCUCCCAUCUUAUCCUGUGACUUGGAUGCCUAACCUUCUGGUAAUGCAGCCUGGUAGGUCCCAGCCUUAUUUUACCCAGCCUCCAUUCGAAAUGGAGUUGCUCUGAUUCAAAUGACUCUGACACAAACAUUUCAAAAUCAAACAGUAAUCUACAUUAGUAAUUUUCAUAAAGUAACUUUCUCCUUAUUAAAAAAGUGCAUUUUAUUGUUUUAAGAACAAAUGGCUAGAUAAAAUACACAACCAAGAUAAUAUGAUCUGCUUCUGAGCAUGCAUAGGGAAGCUGUAAAACUUUAGUAAACCUAAUGGAAAAAGUGUAGAAUCUGCAUCUCUCCACUAGAGUAAAAAGAGAACCACACACACCUACAAAACACAUCCUGGCCCACCAUAUUCAGCAAGAGACAUAACAAGUUCAUUAACUGAUAACCCUUUCCAAUGGUAAGAUAUGCAUUCCCCUCAAAUUGUAAGCUUCCCUUGGGUAUCACAAAUCUUGCUUGUCUUUUAAGUGACUAAGAAAACUGUGACAGUUUUUUACUAUUUUACUGUGUUGUUAUAUCAUUGCCAAACCAACCAACACAAAAAAAUUCAGAUUAAAUAGUUUUCAAAAAUAAUCAUAUAUAAAAAAGGCCCGGAGACUGACAGGUUGACCAUAAAGAUAUAAAAGAGCGAUUCCCCCAAAUAACCAGAAGCCAGUAAAGCAGUGAUCUUGCUAAAAGAGCUCUAGGGUCUUGGGACACAUGAGGUCAACUUCCCACUAAUGUGCCUUUGACAGAUGCCUUAGACUUUAGAUCUGAAACCUACAAUUUUACACGGAUGUAAUUAACAAAGCCAAGAGACCUCAACUUCAAUCCCAAACUUCACCUGCUGAACUCAAUAAUUACAUUGGGCCAUUCACCUGGCCCUACUUUAGUUUUCUCACCAAGAAAAUUCUAAGAGGUAACCUUUAAUUUCUACAUUUUUAUAACAUUCCCAUGGAUAUGAAAGAUGAGAAAAGAGUGAGAAAUAAGGUCUCAUUUUCAAAAAACAACAACAACUUUUUAAACUUAGCGGAAAACAAUUACAUAAGAACUUUAUGAUUAAUAUGAAAACCCGCAGAAAAAGAUUCUGCUGUUGACAACUCCAACACUGAAAAGCUAUAUUAUAAAAAGUAGUGAUUACUGUUAGGAAAUAGGAAAGGUAUUUGCCCUAAGGGCAGAGUAGUAGUACUUUGGGCAAAUUUUAGUAUUAAAAAUAUUAAUAAAGCCUCACUCUUCUCAAUUACAACAAUCUCCCUAAACUAAUAAUUUGUCUAGGUAACAAGUUUUCAAAAGUAACUGGUCAAGUGACUUAUAAACUGUGUUUACAAUUAGCGCUACUGUAAACUAGUAGAUAAAAUCACACGUUUUCAUGAUCAGUACAAUAAACCACACUAGAACUUCUGUAAGUGGCCUUGGUGACAGCUACGCUAUUAUGUUAACAAUUGCUGCUUUAAUAAAGUUAAAAUUACAAAAUGCCAUCCAAACAUUCUUUAUGUGAUAGUGAUCGUGCUGAAAAACAUACCUGACAAUCAGCUACAAAUAUGGAGAAA